AUGCUCUACCUCUCCAACACUUACCCCUCAGCGCAGUUUAUCGGAGUGGGUUUCAGUUUAGGCGCAAAUGUUUUGACAAAAUUCGUUGGUGAAGAAGGCGAUAGAUGUCCAUUCAAGGCUGCUAUUGCUCUAGGCAACCCUUGGGAUCUUGUCAAGUCUAGUGAACAGCUCGAAAGCACUUUUCUCGGCCACUACCUCUAUAACCGCGCAAUGGGAAACAAUUUGAAGAAUAUACUCAGAAAGCACAGUCACGCUAUCAAAAAUACGCAUCCCCAGGAGCUGGCUCAUUUAGACGCGCUAAGAUGGCCCACAGUGAAGGAUUUCGAUAACACAAUCACAAGAAAGUUGGGAGGACACCCUCCACACUUCCCGUUCCCAUCUGCAGAAGCCUUCUAUGCCUACGCAUCAUCCAGUGCCUUCCUCCAUAACGUAAAAAUACCUCUUCUCGGGGUGAACGCGGAAGAUGAUCCAAUAGUAAUGCCAGAAGCCUGGCCAGAGCCCGCAGAGGAGUGUAAAUCAUCUCCCUCCAAUCUAUACAAAUGCAAAGCCAACCCAAACGUGCACAUUUACCAUACAAAACACGGCGGACAUCUCGCGUGGUUUAGCGGUGGGCACCCACUGAGCACCUUCAGGAAAGGUCCCAAAUACACGGACGCGUAUCCACCGCCACGACGCUGGAUUUCAAAGCCAAUUGCGCGGAUAGUUGAUGAGCUGUUCAGUGAUGCGUUUCCAGCCGCACCAGGCAGACAUAUCAAGCCAGUUAAAUCCACCAAUUCGGAUAUCGAAUGGGAAACAGAUGACCAGGAGUAUGUGCAGCACGUGGGUUAUACAGAGACACUCGACGAUCAAGUCAUACACGGUGGCGAGCAGUCGGAAGAAAAGAAGAAAAUGGACGGCCAGCCGCCGCCGGAAGAAGAUUUCAGCCAAAUAGCGCUGACGGAACGCGUUAAACAUGCGUCCUGGAAAGCCAGAUUGAGCGCCUACGCGGAACUCAUCGACCAAUUCAAGAAGAGCGCUUCAGAUGACGAUCCAGUGUUGAAGCCAUGGCUCAGCAGCCCAGACACACUAAGUAAAUUUGUCACAGACUCCAACGCUGCCGCCCAAGACAAGGGUAUCGAGGCGUUGACUGAGUUGCUCAAGCAAUCUGGCCAGAAUGCAGCGAGUCUUUCAGGCGAGCUGUGCAAGCCAACGAUUGAAAAGGCGUUCAAUGCAUCGAGACCAGCGACCAAAGUUAAGGCAAUCGAGUUGUGUUUGUCCUUUGUUGAGGUGGAUGGCACAGCAGAUACGGUCAUCGCAAACGUCAUCGACUCACUCGCUGCUAAACAGCCAAAGCUGGUCGCAACUUGUGUCACCGCGCUGAAGGAGUUGGUGUCGCAAUUUGGCUUCAAGCCAAUCACAAACACCAAGCCACUCCUCAAAUCACUGACCAGAAUAUUCGCUCAUUCAGAUAAAAACGUCAGAUCUGAAGGUACGCUGCUCGCUCAAUCAAUUUAUACCUAUCUAGGACAAUCUCUAUUCCCGCUACUAGAAGAACUUAAGCCUGUUCAGGUUAAAGAACUCAAGGAGAGCUUCGAGAACCUUGAAAGCGACGGAAAGGGUGCAGGAUCUGGCAAAGCAUCGCGGCUUACCAGGCAAGCUCAAGCUGAAGCUGAGGCUGCUCAAGCUGGCGGUGAAGAAGAAGGUGUCGCUGAAUCAAACCAAGAUGACGGCGCUAUGGAUUUAGGCUUCGAUCCAAAUGAAGAUAUUCCGCCAGUCGACUUGAUCAAGACACUCAACCCAGAAUUUUAUACCUUAAUCGAAAGCAAGAAGUGGCAGGAGAGGAAAGAAGUGAUUGAUCAGCUCCUAGAAACUCUCAACAAGGCACCCAAAAUUGAAGCCUCAUCCGACUACUCUGACCUCAUCAACGCCUUAGCAAGGCGCAUAUCAGAGCUUAACAUUAAUGUUGUUAUUGGCGCUGCUCAGGCGCUAGAGAAGCUCGGAAGGGGUCUGCCGUCUUCGACUUUUGCUGGAUUCAAAAACACCAUUUCCAAACCCCUCUUCGAACGUCUAAAAGAGCGCAAAGCAACUGUCGCUGAUGCGCUUGGUGGCGCCUUGGAUGCCAUCUUCGCCGCCACUAGCUUUAGUGACUUUAUGGAUGACAUUACAACCUACGCCAAGCACAAGAAUCCACAGGUAAAACAAGGUACACUACAGUUCCUCGUUCGGGCUUUGAAAAGCACGAAAGCACCACCCACACAAUCCGAGCAGAAGGACAUCGGCGCCGUGUGUACAGCUACCUUGGAGGACAGUUUCGAGCCAGUACGUGCAGCGUCUGCAGAGUCGCUCGGUACGCUCAUGAAGAUCGUCGGCGAGCGUGCCAUGAACCCCAUCGUUGAAAGUCUCGAUGGUCAGCGUAAGGGGAAGGUGAUGGAGUUCUACGAGAAGGCUGAAGUGAAGGCUAAGCCCGGGUUUAAACCAAAAGCGGCGGCAGUAUCAGCGCCAGCUCUUAAGGCUGCACCACCUAAACAGCCCGCAGCUGCACCACCCAGAAAACCAGCAGCAGCUCCAGCCAAACCACCAACGCCACAAUCUGAUCCCAUAAAUGGUUUCGAUGAGUCAGCUCAACCACCCAAGCCACCCUCACCAGUGAAGCCACCAACCAGAGCCCCUCCAUCGCGUCUGCUCAACAAAAAACCUGCUGUAGCUUCUGCUCCUGCUCCAGCAGCAGCAAAAGCAGCACCCGCGUCAGCUCCAGCUGCUAGUGCCAGCAAACCCAAGUCGACUGGUGGUGUUGCGCCAUCUGAGCAGCCGAAGUUGUCAAUGUCAGCUGAAGAUGCAGAAGCCAAAGCUGCUGAGCUCAUACCAGAAAAGCUAGUCUCGCAGCUCAGUGACAGCAACUGGAAGGAAAGAUUGCAGGGUAUAGAAGAUCUUCACAAAUGGUGCAUAGAUGAGGAGAACCACCAACAGCUAUCAUGCGAAGUGCUCUUCAGAUUCCUCAGCAAGAAACCAGGAUGGGCUGAAAAGAACUUUCAAGUAUCUGCCAAGCAGUUUUCCUUGCUCGGCGUGUUGGCUGAUACUUCAGAAUCUUUCAACAGAGCUUGCGCAAGCUUGGCUGUGGGUCCGUUGGUGGAGAAAAUUGGUGAUAUGAAGCUUAAGAAACCAGCUGGAGAUACUCUUAUUAUUUUCUCUGAGAAGACGUCGCACCAGUUUGUCUUAAGUCAGGGCUACGAAGCUAUAAGCAAGAUCAAAGCACCAAAAGCCCAAGCUGACGCCAUGUUGUUUGUUCAGCAGCUGCUCAACGAGUUUGGUAUCGCUGGUUUGGCUUUGAAAGAUCUCAUCGAGUUUCUCAAGACCGGUUUAAAGUCUGCUAAUGCUAUGGUAAGAACAAAUGCCACCAAGACACUAGUUACGUUGAAAUUGUUCGUCGGAUCUGAUAUCAGAGGAUUCUUGGACGAUCUCAACCCUCAACUGCUAACGACGAUCGACUCAGAGUUCGCCAAAGUCGAAGGGCAGGAGCCGCCAGAACCCUCUAGGUCUUGCGCUGAUGCAGCCAAACCGCCAGCAGGAGGGGCACCAAAGGAUGGAGCAGCUGCUGGGGGGGAUGCGAUGGAUGAUCUCUUACCCCGUCAGAAUCUCGACAAGUUGAUUCCAUCUGGCACGGUAGCAAGCUCUAAGAGUGACGCAUGGAAAACGCGUAAAGAGGCACUCGAAGGUUUAUUUGCGGUUCUGGAAGUGAAGCAGAAUUCCAGACUACAACCGAAUAUGAACGCCGACCUAGUAGGCGCUCUGAAAGGCAGACUUGGUGACCAGAACAAAAUCGUGCAGGGCUUGGCGCUUAACAUUAUCCAAAAAAUCGCUCUCGCUAUGGGUAAGCCGUUUGAAAAGUACGUCAAGGCUUUCGUAGCAGGUGUUGCCGGUAUAGCUAGUGACCAGAAGGCGAAUGUUAGAGCCUCCGCUAUUGCUACGCUUGAUGCGAUGGCUACUGCUUGCGAGGGUGUUGAUUCACUCGUUUCCUCAUUAGCUAUUGCUCUUGAAUCAUCCAACCCAACGCUUCGUUCGAAUGUGCUAGAGUGGCUGAAUUUGUUUAUGGGUGAAAAAAUUCCGCCGACUGGUUCCACGGAUUUGGCUCCUCUUGCAUCGCCAAUUGUCAGUAGUUUGGAGGAUAGAAAUGGAGAUGUAAGGAAGAACGCACAGGCUCUCCUCCCGCACAUUAUUGCUAGUGCAGGAUAUGGAUUUGUUGAAAGCAAGACGGAAAAAUUGAAACCGGCUGCUAAAAACACUGUUUUGCCCAUUCUGCAGGGUGCGAGAGGAGCCGCUAAGCCAGCACCUGCAGCGGCUGCACCAUCUAAACCAGCACAGGUGGAGCCAGCACCUGCAUCAAGUCGUCCAAAGGUCCCUAGCGCUGUUCGUCCGCCACCAGCAUCUGGCACGCCCGUUAAGGCCAAGCCAACAUUCACUGCACCACAUGCACCGACAGCUGGUACACCUAUAGCCAGACCAACCGGUUUGCGUAGUCGCUUCGGUGCACUUUCGAAAUCGACAGCUGCUCCGGCUUAUGAUGAGGAAGAAAGUGCUUCUGGGAUGAAGGCCAGGAUUCCAUCAAAGAAACCAUCUAGCGGGUCGAUAGCAAGCACCUCAUCUGCACAAACUCCAUCAUCAGAUACUAGCUAUCCCUUCAACUCGUCGGACUUGAUGAGCAAACGCCAAAGAGCAGUCAAGGAUGGUAGUUCAAGAUUCACACUUGGUGGAGAAGGUGGUGUCAGACCGGAGCAGAUUGACUACAUGGAGCAUCAAACCCAACCAUUUUUAAGUGCACGCCUUCAUAGCCUGCUCUUUAGCACUGAUCGCCACGCCGAGUCCGACUAUCUGUCUGGUCUGGCUGUUAUCAAUGACGCCGUCCAAGAGGCUUUAGGUGACAUUGACAAGUUUGGAUUGGGCGUCGACAAGUCCCGCCAGUAUAUCUUGGCCAACGUAGACAUCAUCCUCAAGUACGUUACUUUGAGAUUGUUCGAUAACAACACGAGUAUCAUACUGCGCACAUUGGAGGUGAUUGAGCUGACUUUGAGGGUUUUGGAUGAGGUGAAUGCUCAACUUACGGACUACGAAGCCAAUGCUUUUUUGCCGUCGUUGAUCAUUAAGUCGGGUGACAAUAAGGAGCCAGUCAGAGUGCGCAUCAGAGCUAUUCUCAAGCUGCUUGGCCGUUCGUACCCACCAAGCAAAGUCUUUGGUCAUCUUCUCGACCAUGGUACGACUUGUAAGAACUCGCGCGCAAGAUCUGAGUCCAUUGACGAGCUUGGGAGUAUCAUCAAUAGACACGGCAUGGGUGUGCUGAGCUCUGGCAAAGCACUGAGGACGAUCGGGGCUAGUCUCAGUGACAGAGAUAGUGCUGUGAGGAAUUCGGUUCUCAACACACUAGUAGAAGUUUACAAAAUAGUUGGCGAGCAAGUCUGGUCAAUGGUUGGCGAACUGCAACCGAAGGAGUUCAGUAUGCUUGAGGAAAGACUUAAAAGACAGCCUGAGAGGGGUACAUCUGUUACAGGCAAACCUGCUCCUGGGUCACGCAUUGCCCAACGUCCAUCUUCAGCACAUAGUAGGAUAUCUCAACCAAAUACACUGCGCUCUGAGUCCCCAAGUCGUCCAGAGUCAAGGAGCUCAGCUGGAGUUUCCUCCCGCACCGUUAACCGGUCACAGUCCCCAGCAGUUGAGUCGCCUCGCAAAAGCAUCCCUACAUCCAAAAUUGGCGCGGGCACUAGAGGUAUUCGUCCCCCUUCGCAGCUCGGUAGAACAUCCGCGCUUCCUCAACCUUCGUUUGGAUUACCUCAGCCUAGUUCUAGUUCUAGUUCGAGCGGUCAAGUGGGGAAGGAAGCACCAUCAAGGCCUACAUCCCUCAGUUCAAACAAGUCUGCACAGUCAAUACAAUCAAGUAACCAGCCUCCAGCCGAUCCAAUCGCCGGGAUAUUGUCAAAUGAACCAGAGAGGAGUGUCGACUCGCUCAAGGUUAUUCAGCGCAAGUUGGAAAGUCCAUCCGAUGAGCUAGUCAGGCAAGCUGACCGAUUGGUAACGAAUAUCACAACACAGAUGUUUAACACGUUUGAAACGCUUAGAGAGGAGAUGGUGCCGAACGUCUUCAGAUUGGCAAAACACCUUAUACAGACGCUUAAUGCAACGGUUGACUCGCCCACGAUAGCUGCCACACUUUCGAGUGAUUCGAUAAGACUGCUGUUGGAGGAGCUGACGACUAGAUUAUUGCAAACAGCGGAAAGCUCUUCACUGAAAGACUUAUCUAGAUUCAUCAACAUGCUUUUACUCAGGUUAUUCACUCAUGGCGAUCUCACAGCCAUAUUCAGCGCUCUAUUUGAUCUUCUGUCAGCUGCCACGAUCAACCUUCACAACUUGAAGGUGCGCAACGAGAGUGCCGAAGCGAAGCUGCCUGAAUUGGUUCUCAAGUGUGUAUGGAAGACGGCAAGAAAUGUCAAAGAUGACUUGGAGGCUGCUCGUCUUGAUCCCAGCGUGUUACUUUACACACUCGAACAGUUCUUGCAGAAGAUACCACCAGCUGAGUGGCGUAGUAGAGCCAGUGACGAGAUUGCUCUUGGAGACAUGCCUCUGCGCACUGUCAAGACUAUUAUACAGAGUUUGGUUGCUGUGUACGAUGACAAGGUGUAUGAGAAGUUAGAUCUGGUAUCUAAUCCAGAAGACUCAAUUGUAUACACUUACCUAUACAGACUGCUCAAUAGAGGUCCACCAAGUGCAGUCGAGGGUGGUAUGGGAUUAGGUAUUAAGAACGUUCCGCAGGUAUCGUCCACUGCAAACAAUUUCAGAGACUCGCAAAUUUCUGUAGAAGAUUACGGAGUGAAUGAGCGUCUGCGGAAGAUAUUCGAUAAAAUAUCGGAAUCAACGACGAACAAGGAAGGGAUUACUGAUCUCUACGUGUUUCAAAAGGAGCAUCCAGAAAAACAAGCGCGUAUUGACAAGCAGCUGGGAGAUUUAGGGGAUGUAUUCAACUCGUACAUCAAAAGGGUGUGGCGGAGGCUUAGCAUGGAGGAAGAGGAGCGAGCGAGUGUGACUUCACCUGCACCACCUAAAACGACACACUCAGCUGCUGUAUCACCAUCGCCUGCUGCACCGCGAUCAAGAUCAUCAAUGUCAUCGGCGCAGAAUGAACGUAGAACAUCGCUAGAUGAAAAGAGUUUGAACAGGAUAAGCACGCUGUUCGGUUCGAAGCCUCAGUCACUGUAUGCACCAGGAGAAGGAGAAGCAGGAGCAGGAGAAGGUGAAGUGGAAAUGGAAGCGGAAACGCCAACAGUAUUCUCACAAACAGAAGGGUAUCGCCAACCCGAUGAGAAUGAAGAAGCCUUUUGA